CUCACUCUUACGUCCGGUCGUGUCGUAAUUUGUAGCUUUUCUCGCGCCUUACGUACCUGUGUGACCUUGACGGACGGGCUUUGUCGUAAUUCCUUCUCAAGAACUGCUCAGCUCGUGAUCAGCUUUUUAAUCAUAAAAGUACUUGGACAUCGUGGAAGUACAAAUCUACACUCACCAUGAUGUUCCGACGAGGAUAUGCCUCUGCCGUUCUGGCGGCAGUCGCAGCUAGCCUCGCCUAUUCAUCUGCCUUCAACACUCAGGGUAAGUUCGCAAGGCAUUCCCGAAGUUGAAAGGGACAAAUGACGGAACGCUUGUUUCUUCUUGAGUUCGAACGCAAAAUUACUCGUCAUUGGUCUUUAUUUAUAAGUUGCAGUCGUUUCUGAAUCGACGAAACAUAGAGGGAUAGAUCGGAAGCAGAGAAAAAUGCUGACAACGGGCCAGGUAUCUCGGGAUGGCAGCAUUUUCCCUGUUGGUGGGAACUUGAUCUCGUUCUGCAAAAUGCAUUCCGUACGAUUCAUAAUCUGUGCGGUUCAAUACGAAGUGUGGUGCCUCACUCUUCUGUAAUGUUUUUUGUUCACCUUCUUGUUUUCCAACCUACAGCCCCUGCAGCCUUCGUCCGCAACAACGCCAUUGCAAGACAAAACAUUGCUUUCACUCCCACCGCUCUUAAAUCCACUAUCGAAGAGACAUCAGAAGCCACAAUCGAUACUGUUCGCACCAGUGUCGAGGAUUAUGUAGCAGCCCGUGGCGGAAACCUUCCCAUCAAAAAGGUUUUGAUUGCCAACAAUGGUAUGGCUGCAACCAAGUCCAUCAUGUCCAUGCGCCAGUGGGCAUACCUGGAACUUGGCGACGAACGCGCUAUCCAGUUCGUCGCCAUGGCCUCUCCAGAGGAUAUCAACGCCAAUGCCGAAUUUAUCAGAUUGGCCGACUCCUAUGUAGAAGUUCCCGGAGGUGUCAACAGAAACAACUACGCCAAUGUCGAGCUCAUCACGAAAACGGCUAUUGAACAGGGUGUCGAUGCUGUAUGGCCCGGCUGGGGUCACGCAAGUGAAAACCCUAGCCUCCCAACAAACCUAGCGAAGAAUGGAAUCAAAUUCAUUGGACCCACCGCUCCUGUAAUGAGUGUUCUUGGAGACAAAAUUGCGGCUAACAUUCUAGCUCAAACCGCCAAAGUCCCCUCUAUUCCAUGGAGUGGAUCUUUCGGUGGUCCAGAUGACGGUCCAUUGCAGGCGGAACUUACGGAAGAGGGAACUAUUCCUGACGAGGUUUUCGCGAAAGGAACCACGAAAACUGUGGAGGAAGCUAUCGAAGCCGCUAGACGUAUCGGUUACGAAAACGGAAUCAUGAUCAAGGCAUCCGAAGGUGGUGGUGGUAAGGGUAUUCGUUUCGUCGACAACGAAGAGGACCUCAAGAAUGCCUACAUUCAGGUCAGCAACGAAGUUGUUGGAUCCCCUAUAUUCGUGAUGCAACUCUGUAAGAAUGCCCGUCACUUGGAAGUCCAGAUUGUUGGAGACGAACACGGAAAUGCCGUCGCACUGAACGGUCGUGAUUGUUCUACUCAACGUCGCUUCCAAAAGAUUUUCGAAGAGGGUCCUCCUUCUAUUGCGAAACCUGAUACUUUCAAGGAAAUGCAACGUGCUGCUCAACGUUUGACUCAAUCUAUCGGAUACGUCGGAGCCGGUACCGUUGAGUACCUUUACAACGCUGAAACCGACGAUUUCUUCUUCUUGGAGUUAAACCCUCGUCUUCAAGUAGAACAUCCUGUAACCGAGGGAAUUUCCAAUGUUAACAUGCCUGCCACACAGCUUCAAGUUGCCAUGGGAAUCCCUUUGUACAACAUCCCUGAAGUUCGUCGUUUCUUCGGAAGAGAUAUGUAUGAAACUGACAAGAUUGAUUUCAUGGAGGAAUGGUACAAGGACAUCGAUACCCACGUUAUCGCCGCCCGUAUCACUGCAGAAAAUCCCGACGAAGGUUUCAAGCCCACAUCCGGUUCAUUGGAGCGUAUCAAGUUCCAAUCCACUCCUAGUGUUUGGGGAUACUUCAGUGUCGGACCUAACGGUGGAAUUCACGAGUACGCCGACUCUCAGUUUGGUCACUUGUUUGCCAAGGGAGCCAACCGAGAACAAGCCCGAAAGAAUCUGAUUUUGGCCUUGAAAGAAAUCGAAGUCCGUGGAGAAAUCCGUACAACUGUUGAAUAUCUUGUUCAAUUGUUGGAGACAGAUGCAUUCAUCGACAACACUAUCGAUACCGCUUGGCUUGAUGGCAUUAUCAAGGAAAAGAGCGUCGGUGUUGAAAUGCCUGAUCAUCUGACCGUUGCUUCUGCUGCGAUCUUCAAAGCCUUCCAACAUGUCAAAGAAAGCACUGCUGAGCUUACCGAAUCUCUUGCCAAGGGACAAGUGUCGACCUCCUCUAUCGCUGAAAUCAACUCUUUCAGUACCGAAGUUGCUUACAAGGAUAUCCGAUACCCUUUCGAUGUCGAACGUCUAUCCAACGAUAUCUACCGUCUCACAGUUGCAGGAAAUGUCAUUGAGGCACGUGUCACCGAAACCAAGGAAGGAGCUCUUGUUGCCAGCUUCGGAGGAGAGACUCACAGAAUUUUCGGAAUGGAAGAGCCUUUGGGUCUCCGUUUGGUACUCGAUGGGGUUACAAUUUUGAUGUGAGUAUAUAACAUCAAUCAUUUGGCACUUCACUUUUCUCUUUUCUCACUCAAUACUGUCUCCUUACGACAAAAUUAUCUGCAGGCCUACUGUAUUCGAUCCUUCCGAAUUGCGAACUGAUGUGACUGGUAAGGUAGUCCGAUACCUUCAGGAAAGCGGUGGUGAGGUUAACGAAGGAGAACCUUACGUUGAAGUUGAGGCCAUGAAAAUGAUCAUGCCUUUGAAGGCCUCAGAAAGUGGAAAGGUGACACACACCGUUUCUCCUGGAACUGUUAUUUCCGCUGGAGAUCUUUUGGCUUCUCUUGAACUCAAGGAUCCCUCCAAGGUGAAGAAGAUCAGUGUGUUCGAUGGAGAGCUCGAUAUUGCCACGGGCAACGUUGAUGAAGAAUCGAAGGCUGCUGUUUCGAACAUUCUUGCUGGUUACACUGGAGAACCAGAAGAAGCUGUCCAAAAAGCUUUCAGCGACAUCUCCGAUGCUGAAGAAGCUUCGAGCUACGCGACUGAAAUCCUGACUGAAUUUGCACGCGUUGAAAAUAUGUUUGACAACAAGUUGAAGGAUGACGUCGUCCGCGAUAUGGCUAAGGCAAACGCUGAAACUCUUGAUGUUGUAAUUGCCGAAAACCAAGCGCACAUGAGCUUGAACUCUAGAAACCGAGUUGUUCUCUCUACCCUUCGUGAGAUUGAUCUUUUUGAAGAUCGUUUUGGUGCCACCGAAAUGUCGGCUGAUUUGGAAGCUGCCAUGGAAACCAUCACUGCCCUCCAAGAGAAGAAAUACGGAGAAUUGGCGCUUGCUGCCGACACUAUGCUUCGAUCCUCAAAAAUAUCUCCAUUUGCUGACCGUGUUGGCGAAUUGAAGGCAACUCUUCUGGACUCGAACACUGACUUGGCGAAACUUUCAAAGAGCUCUACUCUAUCUGCUGGUGUGGAUCUUUUGACUUCACUUUUCAAUGAUUCCGAUGAGACUGUGCGAAAUGCUGCCGUCGAAGUUUAUGUCCGUCGCGUAUACCGUGCUCACCGAAUGAAGGAAAUUACUGUCUCCGAGGAAGAUGGAAAGGUUGUGUGCGAUUUCACCUUCCAGUUCUCUGAUGUCGAAGCCUCAGAUGCUGUAGACCGACACGGAAGAUUCUGUGUUGUUCCCACUUUGGACAGUAUCAAUGACGAUCUUUCCAAAAUCAUCGACAGUUUCUCCCAAUCGCUUGGCGAAAAGCCCACGAAGGUUGGCGAUGAACUGAUCAAUGUACUCCACAUUGCUUCCAGUGAUAACGAAGAAGGUGACGUCGAGAAGAUGGAAAGUGCCAUUAUUGGAGAGAGCGACAAAUUGACCCAACUUGGUGUUCGCAACGUCCACAUCGUCAUUCCGAACGAAAGAGCGGACCCUUACUACUACACUUUCCCCGAAUGCGAAGGCUACAAAGAAAAUGCAUUGCGUAGAAACAUGAGACCUACGUUCCAUCACCUUCUCGAGCUCUCUCGUCUUCAGGAGAAUUUCAAUGUCGACCGCAUCCCAGCGAUCGCAAAGAAUACUUUGGUGUACGUUGGUGUUGAAAAGACUGAUAAACCCGUCAGAGGAGGUCCGCCACAGGUUGUCUUCCUUCGUGCAAUUUCGAACAGCCCUGGCAUUGUUACCGCAAACGGUGCACGAAGAAUGCUUCAAAAUGGUUUGGAUGAACUCGAACGUUCGCAGUCAAAUCCUUCCGUCAACUCUCAGUCGUCUUCUCGCAUUUUCCUUCACUCUCUUCGUGAGCUUGAAGGUGUCACCCCUGAACAAGUAGGUGAGAACUUCAAAGAACUUAUCGGUUCAUUGAAGAGUGAACUUGCCCCUCGUCUGCUCAAGUUGCGUGUAGAUGAAAUUGAAGUCAAGGUUCGUAUUCAAUCCACUGGAUCUGAUGGUGAAACUGUUAACCAAUCGGUUCGACUUGUCGCCUCUUCCAUUGGUGGAGAAUGGUUGAAGCCUGCAAUCUAUCUCGAAGAACCCGACCCUGUAACUGGAGUCUCCGAGAAGUACUGUCUUGUCGAUCCUAACAGUGACGAAGAAAUGUGCAUCGUUGAUUCGUACGGAGGAAGCAAUCUUGUACAGACGAAGCGUGCCAUCGCGCGUCGUGUUGGAUCUACUUAUGCGUACGAUUUCCUUGGUCUCAUGGAAGUUGGUCUCAUCAGUGAGUGGAGCAACUACGUCAAGGAAACAGGAAACGAAAUGGAUAUCCCUGCCUCGGUCUUUACCGCCAAGGAGUUCGUCGAAGAUGGGGAAGGUGGCAUUGGUCUUGGAUCCCGAAUCAUUGGAAGCAACAAGAUUGGAAUGCUCGCAUGGCUCAUUACAAUGAAGACACCCGAGUACCCUGAAGGUCGUGAUAUUGUCUUGAUUUCCAACGAUGUCACUGUCCAAAGUGGUUCCUUCGGAGUUGCUGAGGAUGAGUUCUUCUACGCGGCCUCUAAGUACGCUCGUGAACACGAUAUCCCUCGUCUCUACAUUUCUUGUAACGCUGGUGCCCGCAUCGGUCUCGUUGAUGAAUUGAAGUCGAAGAUCAACAUCAAGUUUGUCGACGAGUCGAGUCCAUCCAAGGGAUUUGAAUACCUUUACCUCAAGGAUGAAGAUUACAAGGCGCUCCCCGCAGGAACUGUUAUUGCUGAAGAAGUCAGCGAAGGAUGGGCAAUCUCUGAUAUUAUUGGAACCAAUCACGGAAUCGGAGUUGAAAACCUCCAAGGAAGUGGAAAGAUUGCUGGAGAAACAUCUGCUGCAUACGACGAAAUCUUUACUCUCAGUUAUGUUACCGGACGAAGUGUAGGUAUUGGUGCCUACCUUGUCCGACUUGGACAGCGUGUCAUCCAAAUGAAACAGGGCCCUAUCAUCUUGACUGGAUUCUCUGCCUUGAACAAGCUUCUCGGCCGCAGUGUGUACAAUUCUCAAGAUCAACUCGGUGGACCUCAAAUCAUGUACCCCAACGGUGUUUCGCACGAAAUUGUUGAUGACGAUCAACAAGGAGUUGCGUCUCUUCUCAACUGGUUGAGUUUUGUGCCCAAGAAGGUUGGUGCUCUCCCUGCAGUCCGUGGAAGCGGUGAUUCUCCGGACAGAAAGGUGGCAUGGAGACCUACUCCAACUCCAUACGAUCCUCGUUUGAUGAUGGCCGGUGAAGGCAAUGACUUGGGUUUCUUCGAUAAGGGAAGUUUCAAGGAGUACCUUGCUGGAUGGGGUAAGAGUGUUGUAGUUGGACGUGGUCGCCUUGGAGGUAUUCCGUUCGGUGCCAUCGCCGUUGAGACUCGACAGGUUGAGCAGGUCGUCCCUGCCGAUCCCGCCGAUCCUAACUCUCGCGAGGCAAUUCUUCCCCAAGCCGGACAGGUCCUUUACCCCGAUUCCUCUUACAAGACGGCACAAGCAAUUAAUGACUUCAAGAAGGAAGGACUUCCCGUCAUGAUUUUUGCCAACUGGCGUGGAUUCAGUGGAGGAAGCCGUGAUAUGGCCGGCGAGAUUUUGAAAUUCGGAGCUAUGAUUGUUGACGCCCUUCGCGAAUACGAACAUCCUGUUUACAUGUACCUGCCUCCGCACGGUGAACUUCGUGGAGGAUCGUGGGUCGUUGUGGACCCCACUAUCAACGAAGACAAGAUGGAAAUGUAUGCCGAUCCCGACUCUCGUGGAGGUAUCCUCGAGCCCGCUGGUAUCUCCGAGAUCAAGUUCCGCACUCCGGAUCAGGUCAAGAUGAUGCACAGACUCGACGAACAACUCGGCCUCCUCGAUGCCGAGCUCGAGAGUGACUUCGAAGACUCAAAGAAGGAGACCGAGAAGCAGAUCGUGGCGCGCGAAGAGGCCCUCAAGGGUGUCUACCUGGCUGCUGCCACCGAGUUCUGCGACUUGCACGACAAGACCGGACGCAUGAAGGCCAAGGGAGUCAUCAAGGACGCCGUUUCGUGGGAAGAUUCUCGUACCUUCUUCUUCUACCGAGCCAAGCGUCGAAUGUACGAGGACAACUUCAUCGACCAGAUCAAGUCUGUUGAUGCCUCUGCCACUCGUGCCAGUGGCUUGGAGAUUCUUCAGUCGUUGUAUUCGGGAGACUGGGAGGACAACAAGGCCGUUGCCGCGUUUUACGAAAGUGAAACCGAUGUUGUCAAUGCCAAGAUUGCUGAACUCAAGAAGGCAUCCAUCCAAGCCAAGAUGGAUUCUUUGAAGGCGGAACUCGACAGCAUGUAAGAAACGUUUUUGUUUCAGGGAAGUACGUGUGUGUUGAUCGAUUUCGAUUUAUAUAGUUAAGUAUCUAAAUACAUACCAUUAGUAACU